CUAAUCGAAUCGAUCGACACACGAAACACAAGUUCGAGGAGAGAAAACCAAACCCUAGCUAGGCUAAGGCGGAGUGGAGAACCCCCGCCGUUGCCGGCGGCGGAGGCAGCGGCGGCGGCGCGCGGAGAACACUCCGUCGCGGUCGAUUCCGUAUCAACAAUGUCAGAUCCUGGAAGGGAUAGCAACAUGCAGCAGCUCAUCCCGAUAGCACCUCCACCAAAGGCUUCUUCUGGUACCACUGGCAAGGAGCUCGUGGUCGUGGAUGGUACGGGAAAGGCUUCAGGAGGAGUCAAGCUACGGGAAGACGAGGAGGACCUGGAGGUGAAGCUCAGGCGCAUCAUGGAGAACGUCCCUGUCCGUGUCAGCAACACCUCCGGAUCCUCUGCUGGUUCUGGCUCUGGUGAUUUCCACCAGUAUCGGCAAAUGAGGAGGAGAGAACAGGACCGUCUUGCAAGGAUGGAUGCUGAUUACCAGAAGAGGAAACAGAUGGCUGAGUUUGAAUUGAGGAGGGAGGAAAGGCUAAAAGAAGCAGAGGAGCGGACAGCAAAGAAGCGCCUGAAACGCCAAAAGAAGAAGCAGCGGAAGAAAGAGAAGAAACGAUCUAAAACUAAUAAUGGUGGCGAGCAACCUAACGGAGGGGAGUCGUCUGGUGGUGAUGAGGAUUCAGACGAUGAAGAUAAGCCAUAGGCAAGUGGCACACAUCAAUCGGAUUUGAAGUUGCUAUUAGACUACUGUUGAACCAUUUCUUGGAGAUUACUUCUGAAGUAGAGCUUUGAGCAUGAACUAAUAUUGGCAGGCUGCAGGCCCCCUUGUAGUUUUUUCUUGGAAACACUCUUAAGAUGAGAUGUGGCUUGUUUUCCUUGCUCUGAUAAAGUGACUAUGGAGUAUGGAUGGAUAGAUGAAUCAUUUUCUGGUUACCUUGUUUGUUUCUUCUGAAUUAUCAUGUCUGGGGCUCCCUGUCCCUUACAAUAGCUUACUCGUGACAUUUAAAUGAAUGAAAUUUAACUGUUUAGCAA